AUGACGGCCUGGGUCUGCCGUUCCUGUCGCCGGGGCUCCGAUGUCUCCCUCGCCCUCACUCGCCGCCGACGAGCUUAUGCCACGGCAUCCAAGCCGGAGAUAUACGACGUUGUAUGUGUAGGUGGAGGUCCAGCAGGCCUGAGCCUGCUCAACGGACUGCGUUCGUCGCCGGUCACGUCAGGUCUCAAGAUGGCCUUGAUUGAGGGCCAGGACCUGGAGAAGACGAAGCUCAAGGAUGCCGCGCCCACGCAUUUUGCCAACCGGUGCAGCUCCUUGACGCCCGCGUCGGCGCAGAAUCUCAUGGACAUGGGCGUGUGGAAGCACAUUGACCAGAGCCGCGUGCAGCCCUACCAGGAGAUGCAGGUGUGGGACGGCGUCACAGGCAGCCGCAUCUCGUUCGACUGGCCCUCGACCAAGAGCGCCCUCACGCCGCGCUCGCCCGACCAGCCCACGACGAUCGCGUACAUGAUCGAGAACGCGAACCUGACGACGGGGCUGCUGUCGCGGCUCGAGGCGCUCGGCGGCGUCGACGUCUACUCGCCCACGCGCGUCGAGGCCAUCAACUUGGGCACCGAGACGCCGGAGCUGGACCUGCGCUCGUGGCCCCUGGUCACGCUGUCGGACGGGCGCACCCUCGCCGCGCGCCUGCUCGUCGGCGCCGACGGCGCAAACUCGCCCGUGCGCGCCUUUGCCGGCAUCACCGCCCGCGGCUGGGACUACCAGCGCAUGGGCGUCGUCGCGUCGCUGCGGCUGGCCGGCCCCGGCUGGGGCGGGCCCCUCCACAAGAUCGCCUACCAGCGCUUCCUGCCGACGGGGCCCGUGGCCAUGCUCCCGCUGCCGGGCGACAUGGCGACGCUGGUGUGGUCGACGACGCCGGAGCGCGCGGCGCGGCUGCGCUCGCUCUCGCUGCCCGACUUCGCCGCCAUGGUGGACGCGGCGUUCCGGCUCAGCCCCGCCGACCUCGACUACCUGCACAGCAUCGAGGGCGGGCAAGCCGACGAGGUGGCCUGGCGGCGCAGGCACGCGCCCAGCAGCGGGCCGACGCCCCAACAACUACCCCAAGACGUGGCGGCAGUGCAGCCGGGCAGCGUGGCCGGCUUCCCGCUCAAGCUGCGCCACGCCGACGCGUACACGGGCGAGCGCGUCGCCCUCGUCGGCGACGCCGCGCACACGAUCCACCCGCUGGCCGGGCAGGGCCUGAACCAGGGGCAGGCGGACGCGGCGGCGCUGGUGCGCGCGGUGACGGGCGCGCGCGCCGCGGGGCUGGAUAUCGGCGCCCAGCUCGCGCUGGAGCCCUACCCGGCCGAGCGCUACCAGGCGAACAACGCGCUACUGGGCGCGUGCGAUAAGCUGCAUAAGCUGUAUGGCGUGGGCGCGGGGCCGGUGGUGGGCUUGCGCAGUCUGGGCCUCGGCGUCGUGGAUCGCUUGCCCUUGCUGAAGGGGUGGUUUAUGCGCACGGCGGCGAGCAAUGGGCGGUAG